AUGAAAAUAUUAAGCUGGAACUGCCACGGGAUUGGCAACCCGUGGACAGAUAGGGCCCUCCAAGAUCGUUGUUGGAGGGAUAGGCCAAAUGUUGUGUUUGUUAUGGAGUCAAUGAUUGACGAAAAACGUUUAAAUAAAAUUAAGAAUAAAUGUGGUUAUAUUGAUGGUGUUUGCCUUAGUAGUGUUGGUAAAUCGGGUGGUUUGGGGAUGUGGUGGAAGGAUGUGAAAGCUAAUGUGGUUUCUUAUUCUGUUCAUCACUUUGCUAUUGAUGUGCUUGAUAAUAAUAAUUGUGCAAUGUGGAGAACUAUUGGCAUUUAUGGGUGGCCGGAGCAAAAUAAUAAGCACUUGACGUGGUCCCUUAGGUAUUCUCUUAAAGCGAGUUGUAAUUUGCCUUGCAUUAUGUUUGGUGACUUCAAUGAAAUUAUGAGUAUGUCUGAGAAAGAAGGGGGCGUCCCGAGAGGGGAUAGACUCAUGGAUGACUUUAGGGAGGCUAUGGAUAAUUGUGCUCUAAGGGACCUGGGGUUCAAAGGCAGUGUGUUUACUUGGGAAAGGGGAAAUUCUAUGGAGACUUUUGUUAGAGAAAGACUUGAUAGAUUUGCCGCUGAUGAUGAUUGGUGUAACUUGUUCCCGGACUUCGAGGUUCGAAACAUGCCUAUUUUCAAAUCGCACUCUGAUCAUGCUCAAAUUCUGCUUUCUACUGAGAAAAAGAGGGAAAGACACAAUGUUUGUUCGGCUUUCAAGUUUGAAGCUUUAUGGCUCUCCCAGGAAGAAUGUGGCUCGGUGGUGGCUCAAGGGUGGUCUGAUAGUGCUGGGCUUACUAUGGCGCGGAGGGUGGCUGUUUGUGGUGUGAAGUUGGCGUCGUGGGCGGCUCUUACCUUCGGCUCUGUGAAAAAGCGAAUUAAAGAGGGGGAGGAGAAAUUGAAGGAGCUGAAAACUGGUGUGAUGGAUGGUGCAAAAUUAGAGGAAUGUAAUUCUAUUGCCAUUGAUCUUGAAGCAUUGUAUAAAUUAGAGGAAUCAUACUGGUAUGCAAGGGCAAGGCUAAAUGAGCUUCGGGAUGGCGACAAAAACACUAAAUACUUCCACCACAAGGCAAGUCAGAGGAAAGUGCAGAAUAGAAUUAAGGGUCUUUUUGAUGAGAACGGGGAGUGGUUUGAGGAACGGGCGGACUUGGAGAGGCUGAUUUCUGCUUACUUCUCAAAUCUUUUUGCUACUAGUUCCCCGACGGGGUUUUAG